AGGGCUCAAGAACACGGUGGCGAGAUUCCCCGAAUAUCCGGCUACCCCUGAAGAGCCAGCUGCCAUAUCAUUUGCAGGUGUUACAAGUUCAGCAGCCGCACGAGCCCGCGAGGGACACUUAUCACCCUCGUCCACAUCCAAGACGACCCAGUCAGUGUUGUCUGAGAAUUCCAAGGCUUCCGGAAGCAAGGGAGGACCGAUUAUACCGUUCUUCAAUUACCAUAAUUUUCUAAUGCCGCCCUUAAACCACUGGAUAACACAUCCAUUGAUAUCUAACAACAUGAGACCACUGUUAACUCACCGGCAGGUUGCUACACUACAGGCCAACUCAACAACACUGCUACCCUGUCAAGCCACGCCUUCUUUUGGCACUUCCAGUCGUCGGCCGCCUCGGAGGAAGUUGAAACGCGAGGUGUGUUCACAGUGCAACAAGCAAUUUGAGAGUCGCUGUAAGUUAAAGGAGCACAUGUUUUCACACACAGGUGAGCGGCCUUACCAGUGUGAGGUGUGCGGCAUGCGUUUCGCUCGCAAGUUCUGCCACAAGCGCCAUCUCAAUGUGCAUACUGAAGAGAAACCGCAUUUGUGUCAUAUGUGUGGUCGAGGCUUCCGUGCAGAAUACGACAUGAAGAUGCACGUAAUGGGGAAGGUGUGCCUAAAGAAACUCCCGAAGCGAGAUGGGCCCUCUCCAGCAAAACACAGUGUGCCAUGACAACACCCACGACUUCUUCAGAGCUCGCCGGCAAUCUUCCACAAAGCAGCCAUCCAUCACCUGGCAAGUCACUGAAGCGAAAUGGUUUAUGUAUGAAGUGAUUCUGUGAUCAUGAAGCUUUACAACAAUAUUAUUAAAGCAUUUCAUUGAAUAAAAAAACAUUUGUACUGCUCUAAGUAUUUGGGUAACUGUUGUAAAUCUACAUUUGUGCAGCCAAAUUGUUCAAAUCAGUACACAAUUUACUUGAUAAAUAAAUUUUAUGUAAAAGAAAGGUAAUGUGACGGAAUCUUGAACAAAAUGACACUUGAUAAUUUCAAUGUUUAAUAUGGGGAAUUUAGGGAAACAAUAAAUGCAUCCUGUACAUGUACCCAUAACUGUAAUACUAAUACAGUGUAGCUAUUGCCCAUACGAUAUUGGUAUUUAUAAAAUUGAAAGAAGCAACUGAACACGACUCUUAUUUUACAUUAGUCCUUACUGCAUUCAAUCCAUGACCCUUACAAGUGCAAUAUUCACAAUAAAAAAUGAAAAUAUGUUCAUGAUAUUAAGAAUAUAGUCAAUUGUUAAAUUAGAUUAUACAAUACAUGUAACGUUACAGCAUGUCCGAGUUUGUGUUCUUUGCUAACUUCAAAGUAUUGUAGUGUGGCUAGAAUAACUAUAUUAUCUGGUAUUUGUUAAGAAUCCACACACCAAGAUAGAUUGAAAUCCAUAGUUUUUUGUUCCUGGAUGCAGGACAUUCAGGGACAGGUUAUCUGUCCCAUUUAUAUUGUCCUUGUGUAC